GACAGGAGGCAGGCGGACCCUGACCAGGAUGACGAGUUCGUGGAUCCAGUGGAUUUAGAAGAUCCUGCGGCACCCAAAAUACCACCGUUUCAAGUGCGGGUGAAGCCAAAGGAUGAGAGUGCAGCCCUCAAAAAGGAGGACGGCUCAUUUGUCGGCGAAGUCAUUUACCUCUUCCAGCCGAAGAGCCAGAGUCUGGAUAGCCUUGCUUCCAAUAUCGUCAAAGACCUGCCGCCUGAGCUGGAGAAGGCAGGCUUGAAGUGCGUGCUUGCCAAAGAUGGAACUGAAGGAGGGGAAGUCCGAGUCAUGAUGGAAAUUAUUG